CAACCUCAAAUUUCAAAUUCUCCAUCCAUUUUCAAUCUUGUUUCAGAUUCCUAAUCAUAAAUCAAUCGCCACCCAAAAGUUUCUGUAAUCAUGGGUCGUAAACAUCUACACGAGUUACUCAGAGAAGAUCAGGAACCAUUUCAGCUCAAAAACUUCAUCGCCGACCGCCGUUCUCAACUCAGAACCGCCACCGCCACCGCCACCGCCACCGCCACCGACGCUCUUCAGCUUAGAAAACGGAAGUCGAUUGUAGAAUCCACCUCCUCUUCUACCGCCGCACGGAAUUUCUGUAUCAACCACGUCUGUCUUUUCUCGUUCCAGGACUCGCCGGAUUUUAGGAAAUCUCCGUUUCUAGAUUUUCCUUCGAAGGAGACGAGGAGUCCGUUUAAUAAUAAAACCCCCAACAAUGCCGCCGUCUUCCUCCAUAUUCCGGCCAGGACUGCCGCCAUGCUACUUGAUGCCGCCACGAGGGUCCAGAAGCAGUCGGUUUCUUCUAAACCUAAACCCGGUUCAUCCAAACAUAUCGGAUUCGGGUUACUCGGAUCUCUUCUCAGACGUUUAAAAGACCGGAGCACCCGAACAAAAACCCAUGAAAUCGGACCCGUUAACGUAACACCAUCUUCACCACCCACGAGAAGAAGCCGGAAAAAGAUGGUUAACGGCACCGGCGACGGCGCUGAUGAGAAACGGUUAUCGUUCUCUUGUAACAAUAGCAGGAUUAGCAGUGCCGAUUGGUCGGAGAAGUCGUCAGAGUUGGAAACUUCAUGCAGCUCAAGAUCAAUUCACGAUUCAGAAGAGAUCGAGUUUGUAAACAUAGAAAGAGAAAACGAUUGUUUCAUUUCAUGUGAAAAAUGCUUCUGCUCAAAUCCUUCUAGUCCUUUCCGUUUUUCCCUUCAAAGAAGUCCUUCCCCAACUCGCCGGAGACCGGAUUCCUCAUCGCCGGUGGCAUCUCCGAGCCGCCACUUCCAAGAGGAUAAAGAAAAUUACGAUGGCGAGCACGCUCAAGAAAUUCGCGAAGAAGACGAUAAAGAGAAAGAACAGUGUAGUCCCGUAUCAGUACUUGACCCUCUGUUCGAUGACGACGAGGAAGAACACGACGGCGGGCCCAGGGAACAGGAUGUUUACGACAUCGAAUGCAGCUACGCAAGCGUUGAAAGAGCGAAACAUCAGCUCUUGCAAAAGCUUCAACGGUUCGAGAGGCUUGCAGGAUUGAAUCCAAUUGAACUUGAAAAACACAUGUUAGAUCGUUAUAAUGAAGAUGCUGCUGCUGAUGAUGAUGAUGAUGAUGAUUACGAUGAUGAUGAAGAAGACAUUAUAGUAGAUGAAGAAGAGACGACUAACGAAGAGUUUGUUAGGGAGAUAUUCAACCAUUUGGGUGUUGGGAAAAUCCCUUGGUACAUGAAGAAGCUCGUAUUCGACCUAAUUGCAGAAGAGAACAAGAACAAAGAACCCCAAGUAGUCGUGCAAAGGGUAUGCAAGCGGUUGCAUUCUUGGACAGUGGUUGAAUUGAACACGAUCGAUAUGAUGGUGGAGACGGACUUUAGAAGUGAAGGGUGGAAGAGGUGUGAUGAAGAGAAGAUCAAAGAGACGGGGAUGGACAUAGAAGCGUUGAUUUUUGCGGUUUUGGUGGAGGAAUUAGCUCAAGAACUUGUUAACUCAUCUAAUAAUGUUAUUUUUGCAAAAUGAUCGGUAGGUCCGAGAAUUUUCAUUUUUCGUUCAUAGAAUUUACUUAUAGAUGCGAAACAAUGAUGGGUUUUUACCUACAAGUGAAUUCAAUGAUGCAAACGAAACAAUAGGUUUUAAUGAUCAAGGGUAUU